AUGGGAUCAAAAGCGUCGAAAAAUCAAUCACAAGGUACCAAACCACCGUCGACGGAAUCUGUCGCUGUCUUGCAGCCUUUCAAACCUCUAACCAAACCACUAACCUACCCGUCCUUGGUCUCAGUUGUGGAGUUCAUCUGCUUUGGUAGACGAAAACAACUAUACGCAAAAUGUCCAACGAUUCGAAAACUCGAAGAAAGACUACCCUAUCAUCUUGAACGUGUGGAAAUCCAAACAAGAGGCCCUAGCAACAUCAUUUUGCGCUUUGAAAAUGUUUCAAUUGGUAAUUUUGGUUCGAAAAACGAAAGUGAUGGCAAGAUAGCAAUGUGGUGCUCCGGAAAAUGGAUGGAACGAUCAACAGGACUGUCUCUGUAUGAGGCGACUGAAAAGUUUGCAUUGUAUAAUCUGAGCAGACCGGGGACAACAAUAAAGACACUUGAGACAAAAUACACUCCGAAAUGUAUUUUGAACUGUAUUCCCUUGACAAUCGAAAAUUUGAUAGAUCGUAACGACUGGAACAAUUGGAUCAUCCGUACAACUAGACCAGUUAAAACUCUGCAAACUGAUCGUAUAAUCAGAAAUGACAUGAUCAAGUAUGCAAAAGAAGUGACAGUGACAAGAGAUCCGAUAAUCUACACAGACAUAUUGUCAGAAUGGAAUUGUGAAUCUAUUACAAUUGAAACGGAACUGAGUUGUAGGGAGGUAGUGGAUUACUGUAGGAGUGUGUCAAAAAGAACCGAUCGACCGAUUGGAAGCGUUUUCAAGUCAAAGUUGAGUGGAUACUCAACAGAGCUGUUCAAAAUGCUUUCUCGGGAACUAAUCGCAAGAAAGAUAACGUUGACAGUCUUUGGUGGCAAUGUAAUUCAAUUUGCAAUUAUCCCUAUUAACGAGUCGACCGAGUUGAACGUAUUCAUUAUGGAACAUGGAAAAAUUGAGACCGGACUCUUCGAGAAGCUUCGGCAAUUUGGUGAACAUUCUCAAGAAAUGAAUGAGACCGUAGUGUUCGGAUGA